CCGCACGCCUCUCGCUGAUCGCGUCGAUCGCGACGAAUUCGCACGACGCCGUCCGUCGGGAGAUCCUGCUGCUGGUGCGGGACUUUAGCUAGUCGCGAACCCCAGCCAGUGAACUUCAGUUCAAGCCGUGCGUUUGUCCGAGCAGGUCGUCUUCUCUGUCUCUCUCUCUCUCCCCGCGCGUGUGCGUCAGUUUGCGCAAUCUUCACCGCCACGAUUCGAUCAAGCCCCAAGCCAAGUGGAAGUGCGCGAGUGCGUCGUUGUUUCGGUUGACCCUCGAGAACCGAUAAUCGAAGUACUUUGCGCGGUUUCUUGGUACCACUAGGUCCAGUGAUUGAGUGAACUGUAAUUUUUGGUUUGUUUGUCGGUGCACGAUUGGGAAAGAAUUCCUGUAGAGUGUGUGAAGUUUCGUUUUUGAAAGUGCGUGAGUGGAAGAUUACGCGCAAAGUCUGGAGGAGGACGAGACGGAAAAUAUUGACGCGAAGAAAGUGAGAUUAAGGUUUGAAUUUUUGAUUGUCAACAGUCUAAGUGGCCAAGAGUGAAAAAGGCAAACCUGCUCGGAGCAGCUCUGUGUUAAGUACCCCCUACUCAGAGAAGGUGUCAAGUGUGAAUAGCUGGAAGUGAUUUUUCUUUCAUUCGAUAACACAAAGAAACCCCCCUGUAAUCAUGCCGAAUGCCAGUGCCAUGCAAGAGCUGCACCUGAACGGAAGCGGCCCUACCACCAACGGGGUGAGCAAUGGAGUUAGUAACGGAAAUGGAUACUCGUCGAAUGGCGUCAAUGGGCACACGAAUCACAUGAACGGAAAUGGAACGCUAGUGCCGAUGAAAUGCACCUGCAAGAAUGGAACGAAUGGAACGGUCGCAAACAGCGACAGCAAUAACAAUAAGGGACACGAAAAAUGCACAUUCCACCACGACCUGGAGCUGGACCACAAGCCAUCGACCCGGGAGGAUCUGCUGCCGUACAUGUCCAAAUCGUACCGGAUGCUGCUGAGCAGCUUGGGAGAGGACCCCGAACGACAGGGACUGCUCAAAACGCCAGAGCGAGCUGCCAAAGCGAUGCUGUUCUUCACCAAAGGAUACGACCAAAGCUUGGAAGAGGCCCUCAACGGAGCCGUCUUCGAUGAGGACCACGACGAGAUGGUGGUGGUGAAGGACAUCGAAAUGUUCUCUAUGUGCGAGCAUCAUCUGGUUCCGUUCUACGGCAAGGUGUCGAUCGGUUACCUACCUUGCAAGAAGAUUCUCGGACUCAGCAAACUGGCCAGAAUCGUGGAAAUCUUCUCCCGCCGUCUGCAGGUCCAGGAACGCCUCACCAAACAGAUCGCCGUGGCCGUUACGCAAGCCGUUCAACCCGCCGGUGUGGCCGUCAUAAUUGAGGGAGUGCACAUGUGCAUGGUGAUGCGAGGCGUGCAGAAGAUCAACAGUAAAACCGUCACCUCGACGAUGUUGGGCGUCUUCCGGGACGACCCGAAGACCCGCGAGGAAUUUCUUACGCUGUGUAACAACAAGUAAGGAAGUGGGCGUGAGUUCCGUUAUCGAAUCCCGCUGGACGAGGCGAGGGUAGCGAUAGCGCUCUAGGGAAGCUUUUAUCCGUUUAACUCUACUAUUUAGUGUAUAAUAUGUGUAACCCAGCUCAUAGGUGUCUAAGUCGAACGAAAAUUGGAAACUUUACUCAUCGGAAGUCCAAAUGCGUGUGCGUGUGUAAAAAUGUUAUUUCCUGGAAAAUAUUAAUUGUUGAUGUUGUCAAAAGUGAAUAAAAUCAUAAUCAAAUGUAAUAGCAAGUGAGAUAAAAAGAGAGAUUGGGAACGAGUGAGUUAAUAAAACAAAAAAUAAACUAUAUACAAAAAAUGAAACACAUGAUAGAACAAAGUUUUCCGAAGGGGCCAAGCUCUUGCGAAGUAGCGAUCGCGGAAUCAAUCAUACUCUCAACGAAAAUUGCCAAUAAUUUUAAAAUUUACUUCUUAAUCUUAGGCAUCAAGAAACAUCAUCAUACAAACAAGGGACAUUUUAAAAGCUAGGCGAACGAAAUACGAUUUUAGCGCAACGCAGCAAUAUAAUAGCAUGACGUAUUUUAGAGGAAGUAUUUUACACACUAGAUCACUGUUGUUGUACUUGUUGUUACUCACACGGAAGAUUAAGCGAAAACAAAAUUAUAACAUUUUAAAGUAUAUAUUGUUAAGGUUGAUAUUGUUGAUCCGGAGAUACGUUUUGCACAAUAAAAUUACGUUUUGUUACAUUCUGAUUUUAUCAUUUUUUAAACAUGUCAUAUUAUGACAAAAUUUGUUUUGUUAUCUUUUCGGUUAUGAACCCGUUUGGACAGUUUUUCAUCCUAAAUUGUUAAGUUCACUUUAGUUUUUAAGCGCCUAUGUGCACAUGAUAUCGUAAAUAAAUGUUAAGCAUAA